AUGAUAAUAACCAAAGAACAAGAAACUGAAUUUGAAAAAGAAAAUAACUCUCAUAUAUGUGAAAAAUCUUUAAGUGAUUUACCACCAAUAUUAGUGAAAAGAAAUAGAAUAUUUAAUGAAAUUAUUGAUUAUUGGCAAUCUAAAAUAAAAGGAAGAUCAAUAGUUGAGAAUAAGAAUGAAAAAGAAAGAUUAGAUUUAGAAAAUAUAGAAUAA